CCCACCCCAGCGGCUGCCUGGGCAGACUCCCAGCCAGGGCCUCUUUUGCCGCCAGCCAGCCAGCCAGCCAGCCAGCCAGCCUCCUCCCAGGACCACGGGCCGCUCUAGCCUUGGCUUCUCCUGGCCCCUUCCUGUGUCUGUUCCCGUCCCCGAGCCUCUGGCCCCUGAUGCUUUCAGGAGCCUGGGCCUCUCCUGCUCCACUCCCAAACCUCAGCUUCUCAGCAAACAGGCCUCCCAAGUCCCUCCUUCUCCCUCUGGGGCCUUGCUACUCUCACCCCCUCUAGGGCCUGGUCAGACUUCCCAGGCCCCCUCCUCCACCCCAACCCUUCUCACCCAUGGAUCCCCCGGGACUGGUCGUGCAUGGGAAAGCUGAACCCUUUUCCGCAGCACUCCGAAGCCUCGUCAACAACCCGCGAUACAGUGAUGUUCGCUUCGUGGUCGGUCAAGAACAGCAGGAGAUAUUUGCCCAUCGGUGCUUGUUGGCCUGUAGAUGCAACUUCUUCCAGCGACUUCUGGGCACAGAGACAGGCCCCGGGAUGCCUAGUCCUGUGGUGCUAAGCACUGUGCCAACUGAGGCCUUCCUGGCAGUGCUGGAGUUCCUAUAUACCAACAGUGUCAAGCUGCACCGCCACUCUGUGCUGGAAGUGCUGACAGCGGCUGUGGAGUAUGGGCUGGAGGAACUGAGAGAGCUGUGCCUGCAGUUUGUGAUGAAGGUGCUGGAUGUGGAGUUGGUUUGUGAGGCCCUGCAGGUGGCCGUAACCUUUGGCCUGGGGCCGCUGCAGGAGCAUUGCGUGGCUUUCAUAGAGGCCCACAGCCAGGAGGCCCUCCGGACCCGAAGUUUUCUGGAGCUGUCGGCGGCCGCGCUGCUGCUCCUGCUACGCAGCGACAAGCUCUGCGUGGACGAGGCUGAACUGGUCCGCGCGGCCCGGAGCUGGGCGCGCGUGGGCGCAGCGGUGCUGGAGCGGUCGGUGGCCGAGGUGGCGGCCCCCGUGGUGAAAGAGCUGAGACUAGCCUUGCUGGCCCCGGUGGAGCUGAGCGCCCUCGAAGAGCAGAACCGGCAGGAGCCACUCAUCCCGGUGGAGCAGAUCGUGGAGGCGUGGAAGUGCCACGCCCUGCGGAGAGGGGAUGAGGCCCGGGGCACCCCAUGUCGCCGUCGGAAAGGCACCCUGCCCCGGGAGCAUCACCGCUUUCUGGACCUGGCCUUCAAAUGAUUCAAUGUCGGGACUCGCGGGGGGAACCCUGGGCCCGUCCAUGGUAGACUGCCCCAAACUACAACUCCCGACGUGCUCGGCGUUCGGAUUGUGCUUCCGUUCCCAGCGUGCUCAGCGGGCUGGGCGCCGGAAGGACCGUUGCCUGCGACGCGUAGACCUUUGUGCCGGGUCGAGCCGGUGUGGGCGAGGUGGGGCCGGGCAGGGCUUGGGCUGAGCCUAUCUGCGGUGGCGAAACUCGAAAACGAGGAUUUCUUUCGCUCCACGCCCUCACUCGACGCCCUGUCUCUGGGCAUUGUCGCCCAGCAGUCUAUCCUGAUGACUCUCACAUUACCUGUUUAUUCAGCUCAACUCCCUCUUUCAUUCCAGACCUACCUCCUGGAGAUCGCCACCUGAAUGUCCCUUAGACACCAAAGGCUCCGUGCGAAAUUGGUCUCCCCAGCUUUCCCCAGCUCUGCCCCCAUCGUGUUUUUCAUUUCCGUGGGCGCCCACGCCAGAAACCUGGAUCUCAUCCUUGCUUAUACCUCUUCCUCACACCUGCCUCAGGUCGCUUUUACCUUGUAAGAGACCUUUGCAGUUGGUUUAGUUCUUUCAGCCUCAGGUUCAACCUGUCCUGUCUGACACGUCUCAGUCUUCCUGCCUUCACUCCAGCACCCCCUCAAUCCAUUUCUCACAGUGCAGCCAGACCUGUCUAUGAUGGUCAGUUCCAUGAUCCUUAAGUCCUGGAAUAUCCCAUUGACCUUCUGGACAAAAUUCAAUCUAUUUCACUUUCAAGGCACAACUUAGUAAGUGGUUCCUAAAUACUAGCAACUCUUCUUUCAAAUACAAUCUUUGCAUAAAUUCCCUCAUCCCGGAGGUAUUAGUCCUCUAGCUCCCUAGUUAUUGCAGACCCUCUGCUACCUCCUUCGUUCAUCAUACAUCUUGUUUUCCUGAGGAUGGAAAUAUCCCUGGAGAAAGAUCCCUGGGGCUUGGAGUGAUGUCUUACUUCCGCAGUCUCUUACUUCCGCAGACUGCUUCCGCAGUCUCUGUCAGAUAAUCAGCGCUCUGUAAAUG